AUGGAACCACUUCCACGGACACCCACAAAAAGCAGCACUACCCAGCAUCUCUCUACGCCAUCUCCAAAGAAUGGUCUUUUAGCUAUGAGAGGCCACAAGAGAAGGAAUACAACGACUCCGCCGCCUAAACACGGCCUUUUGAAGCCGCAACAGACGGAUGUUCAUAGACACUCACUAGCUGGCCAGAACCGUAUAUCCAUCUCACCCAAUCGUGAGCUCUUACGAAAUUAUAAAGGUACCGCUAAUUUAAUUUACGGAAAUCAAAAAAGCAAUUCUGGUGUGACUUCCUUUUAUAAAGAGAAUGUCAAUGAACUUAACAGAACACAAGCAAUCUUAUUUGAAAAAAAAGCAACAUUAGAUUUGCUGAAAGAUGAGCUGACAGAAACAAGAGAAAAAAUUAAUUCUGUCAAUCUAAAAUUUGAAACUCUUCGUGAAGAAAAGAUAAAAAUUGAACAACAAUUGAACUUGAAGAACAAUGAACUUAUCUCUAUCAAAGAAGAGUUUCUAUCGAAAAAGCAGUAUAUGAAUGAAGGCCAUGAAAUACAUCUGAAACAGCUUGCAGCAUCAAAUAAAAAAGACUUGAAGCAAAUGGAAAAUGAAUACAAAACGAAAAUUGAGAAAUUGAAAUUCAUGAAAAUUAAACAAUUUGAAAAUGAAAGAGCAUCCCUUUUAGAUAAAAUAGAAGAAGUAAGAAAUAAAAUCAAGAUGAAUCCUUCUACUUUACAGGAAAUGUUGAAUGAUUCCGAACAAAAGCUAAGGUUAGAAAAAGAAGAAUGGCUUACGGAUUACCAAGUGCAAUGGAAAAGUAAUAUGGAGUUGAAUAAUAAACAUAUGCAGGACAUCGAAAACAUAAAAAAGGAGAUCGAAGAUGUGUUGAAACCGAAAUUGGCAGAGAAAAAGAAGCUUUUAUCAGAAAAACGUAACGCUUUUGAAGCAAUUAAGGGAAAGGUUAAAGAAAAGGAAGAAGAAACUUCAAAACUGAGGGAUGAGGUAACUUUAAAAGAGAAAGCUAACGCGGAAACUUUGGAGAGAAUCAAAGAACUUGAGGAAUACAUAAAAGAUACUGAGUUGGGAAUGAAGGAGUUAAAUGAAAUUCUGAUUAAAGAAGAAACAGUUAGACGUACAUUGCACAAUGAAUUACAAGAGCUAAGAGGAAAUAUUCGAGUUUAUUGUAGGAUUCGUCCGGCUCUAGAAACUUUGGAAGAUUCUGAUACUAGUCUUAUCAAUGUUAAUGAAUUUGACGACAAUUGUGGUAUUCAAUCUAUGGAAGUCACAAAAAUACAUAACACAGCACAAGUGCAUGAAUUUAAGUUUGAUAAGAUAUUCGACCAAAAAGAUACAAAUGCGGACGUUUUCAAGGAAGUUGGUCAAUUGGUGCAGAGUUCGUUGGAUGGCUAUAACGUUUGUAUCUUUGCAUAUGGUCAAACAGGGUCUGGGAAAACAUUUACUAUGUUAAAUCCGGGAGACGGUAUCAUUCCAUCCACGAUAUCCCAUAUAUUCAAUUGGAUUAAUAAGUUGAAGACAAAAGGGUGGGAUUAUGAAGUUAAUUGUGAGUUCAUUGAGAUAUAUAACGAGAACAUUGUAGAUCUUUUGAGAAGCGACAAUAUUAAUAGGGACGACACAAGCUCUAGCUUAAAGCACGAAAUACGCCACGAUCAAGAAACUAAGACUACUGUGAUAACAAAUGUUACGACUUGCAAACUUGAAUCUGAAAAAAUGGUUGACAUGAUUCUGAAAAAAGCAAACAAAUUGAGAUCCACAGCUAGUACAGCAUCAAACGAGCAUUCUUCCCGUUCACACAGUAUUUUCAUAAUUCAUUUGUCAGGAUCAAAUACGAAAACUGGAGCGCAAUCAUAUGGUACAUUGAAUCUUGUUGAUUUGGCCGGUUCUGAAAGAAUAAACAUCUCUCAAGUUGUAGGGGAUCGGUUGAGAGAAACUCAAAAUAUCAACAAAUCUUUAAGUUGCUUAGGUGACGUUAUUCAUGCAUUAGGCCAACCUGACAGUACCAAAAGGCAUAUACCAUUCAGAAACUCCAAACUGACGUACCUACUACAAUAUUCACUGACUGGGGACUCGAAAACGCUAAUGUUUGUUAAUAUCUCGCCAAGUUCCUCUCAUAUCAAUGAAACAUUAAACUCGUUAAGAUUUGCAUCUAAAGUGAACUCAACUAGAAUGAUUAGUAGAAAGUGA